AACAUCAACGAAACAAGAGAGCACAAACCCAGAAAGAACAAAAAAAAAAAAAAAAUGAAUACCUUCAACUUCUUAAGCGGUUUUAUGAUGGCGCUUCUGCUUGCUACCACCACCUCCCUCUCCGCCGCUGCUCGCCCAGAUUCCGGUGGACCUUUUGAUGCCGAACUAAAGAACACCAACAACAACAACAAGGGAGGUGGAAAUAAUGGAGGGGUGGGAGGUUUCUUCGGUCCGGGUAGUGGUGGAUUUGGGAUUCCAGGGUUCAGUAACGGGUGGGGAAACGGUGGUAUAGGCGGCGGAGGUUACGGUGCUGGCUAUGGCGGUCCCGGUGGGGGUUACUCUAAGGGUGGCGUUAUACGCCCCACAGUAGUGUGCAAGGAGCGAGGACCUUGUUACAAGAAGAAGCUCACGUGCCCAGCCAAGUGUUUCACCUCCUACAGCCACUCUGGUAAGAACUACGGCAGUGGCGGUGGUGGUGGUGGUUGCACCAUCGACUGCAAGAAGAAGUGUACUGCUUACUGUUAAAGGAACGGCGGUUUACCGGUUGCCGGUAAACCGGGUAUCUUUUAUCAUUUUGGUUUCUACUAAUGAGAGUUUUAGA